GAAAAGUGCUCCUAAGAUUAGCGGUCAGUAGGAAGAAUGUCCCUUACAUUGGUGAUCAGUGGGAAGAAUGUCCCUUACAUUGGUGGUCAGUGGGAAGAAUGCUCCUUACAUUGGUGGUCAGUGAGAAGAAUGUCCCUUACAUUGGUGGUCAGUGAGAAGAAUGCUUCUUACAUUGGUGGUCAAUGGGAAGAAUAUCCCUUACAUUGGUGGUCAGUGGGAAGAAUGCUCCCUUACAUUGGUGGUCAGUGAGAAGAAUGUCCCUUACAUUGGUGGUCAGUGAGAAGAAUGUCCCUUACAUUGGUGGUCAGUGGGAAGAAUGCUCCUUACAUUGGUGGCCAGUGGAAAGAAUGCUCCUUACAUUGGUGAUCAGUGGGAAGAAUGCUCCUUACAUUGGUGGUCAGGGGGAAGAAUGUUUCUUACAUUGGUGGUCAGUGGGAAGAAUGCUCCUUACAUUGGAGGUCAUUGGGAAGAAUGUCCCUUACAUUGGUGUUCAGUGGGAA